CCUGACCUGUGCGUGGGACCAGGGGAAACCCUCAACCAGAGAGCUGACGGUGCUUGCAGUGGGCUGCUGCCAGAAUGUGCUGGAACCGUGACUGCCAGGGAUAUGUGGGCAGGACACCGAAAGCGUCUGUCACAGUGCCCCACCUAGCAGGGAAUCCAGCAGUGCCAGUGGUGUCACCCUCAUCUGCUGGACAUUUUCAACAAUUUCCCCAGAUUCAGGAGCCAGGCAGUAAUGAUUCCAAAAAAAGAAAUUUAGAUUUACAAAUUAGAGAAUAAAGUCAGAGGAGUAUUUUGAGUAUUGGUGCUGCCAGUUAUCAUUCAACGAAAUUUACUGAGAUCCAAGAUGGCAGCCAGCAGGAGGCUGAUGAAGGAGCUUGAAGAAAUCUGCAAAUGUGGGAUGAAAAACUUCCGUAACAUCCAGGUUGAUGAAGCUAUAUUGACUUGGCAAGGGCUUAUUGUUCCUGACAACCCUCCAUAUGAUAAGGGGGCCUUCAGAAUCAAAAUCCACUUUCCAGCAGAGUACCCAUUCAAACCACCGAAGAUCACAUUUAAAACAAAGAUCUACCACCCAAACAUCGAUGAAAAGGGGCAGGUCUGUCUGCCGGUAAUUAGUGCUGAAAACUGGAAGCCAGCCACCAAAACCCACCAAGUCAUGCAGUCCCUCAUUGCACUGGUGAACGACCCCCAGCCCGAGCACCUGCUUUGGAGAAUACUAGCCGGAGAAUACUCGUAAGGACCAUAAAAAAUUCUGUAAGAACGCAGA